GACGGCGCGGCCCACCUUCGGGGAGGUGGGUUUCUCCUCUCCGCUCCUGGCGGGCGCUCUAACUUUCGGCGGAGGUGCGGCGCAGUGUCUGGGUGGCGGCCCCCCGCUCUGCCUCAGCCGACGCGGCUGCCCGGGCGCCCUGGGAGUGUCACCCGCGCGCCGAGGCGCUGCGUGCGCUGCGCCGCCCUUCGUCCUUUUCCUGCGGCGGGCCUCCUCACGUCUCCCGUGUCUCCCCUGGCUUCUUAAAUCGUUGAAGAAACCUUUUGCCAGUGGGAAUGCGACGCUAAACCAAAUGACUUUGCUUUCGGUCUUUGGCUGUCCUGAGAUUCCUUAAUUCUAAAUCGUGGGAAUUGGGGGGGGAGCACUUGCACGGAGACCUGCCCUAAACAGAGACGUGGUUUAGACCUCAUCCUUGUAGAUUAGAUUGAUAGGUUUAUAAUGUCAGCUUUCUUUUAGAUGUCAGGUUAUUCAUUCAUCCAGAGACUAAAGAGGCAAUUUGGAUUUAAACUCUGAGACAAUGUUUUGAUAUGUAUCAGAGGAUGAUAUUCUCCUGGGAUAGUAACUUAACUGUAUGUUCCCAGCUAGACUGUGGUUCAUAUUGUAACAAUAUCAUAGUACAAAUUGGUGCCUUUGAAAUUUUUCAACCAGGAAACACCCUCCUCCUUGGAAACAUCCCCCAGAUACUUCAUUUUCACAUUGACAUUUAUGAAUCUUCUGCAAAAUUUAAAGUGGCUUUCUAGAAGAUGACCAUAGAGGACCUUCCAGAUUUUCCAGUAGAAGGAAAUUCUUUGAUUGGAAGAUACCCGUUUUUAUUUCCAAGUUCGGAGACACCAGUUGUUUUUUCCAUUUCUGCGGCACCAAUGCCUUCGGACUGCGAGUUUUCUUUCUUUGAUCCUAAUGAUACGUCAUGCCAGGAAAUUCUCUUUGAUCCUAAAACGUCUGUAUCAGAAUUAUUUGCCAUUUUAAGACAGUGGGUUCCUCAGGUCCAGCAAAACAUUGACAUUAUUGGAAAUGAGAUUCUUAAGAGAGGCUGCAAUGUGAAUGACAGAGAUGGACUGACGGAUAUGACUCUUUUACAUUACACUUGCAAAUCUGGAGCUCAUGGCAUCGGUGAUGUUGAUACAGCUGUAAAAUUUGCAACUCAACUUAUUGAUCUGGGAGCAGAUGUUAGUUUACGGAGUCGCUGGACAAAUAUGAAUGCUUUGCAUUAUGCUGCUUAUUUUGAUGUCCCUGAGCUUAUAAAGGUGAUUUUGAAGACAUCUAAACCAAAAGAUGUAGAUGCCACUUGCAGUGACUUUAAUUUUGGAACAGCUCUGCACAUUGCUGCUUAUAACUUGUGUGCAAGUACUGUGAGAUGCUUGCUGGAGCAUGGGGCAAAUCCUGCAUUUAGGAACGACAAAGGACAGAUCCCUGCUGAUGUCGUGCCGGACCCAGUGGAAAUGCCACUGGAGAUGGCCGAUGCCGCAGCGACCGCUAAAGAAAUCAAGCAGAUGCUGUUAGACGCAGCGCCCCUGUCAUGUGACCUUCCAAAGCCCCUGCUUCCAAACGGUGACCGUGCCACUAGCAAGGCGAUGCUCACGUCCCUCGGUCUGAAGUUGGGGGAUCGUGUCAUUAUUGCAGGACAGAAGGUUGGAACAUUAAGAUUUUGUGGAACAACUGAAUUUGCAAGUGGGCAGUGGGCUGGCAUUGAGUUGGAUGAACCAGAAGGAAAAAACAAUGGAAGUGUUGGCAAAAUCCAGUACUUUAAAUGUGCCCCCAAAUAUGGUAUUUUUGCACCUCUUUCAAAGAUAAGUAAAGCAAAAGAUCGAAGGAAGAAUAUAGCACACACUUCUGGAAGAACUGUGCCUUUCAUCAGGUCCCAGAAAAUUGAUGUAACUCAUGUAACGUCAAAAGUAAACACUGGGUUAAUGACUUCAAAAAAAGAUAGCGCUUCUGAAUCAACACUUUCAUUGCCUCCUGGGGAAGAACCGAAACCCGCAACAGAGAAAGAUGGUACCCUGCUUGGAUCCAGCAGCAGCUCCUCCUCCACAUCGUCUCUGGAACACAAGCCGAGCUACCCCAAGAAGCCGAACGCACGCAGCAAUAACAAGAAGACAAUGAGCAAAAGCCCGUCUGUCUCCUCCAGAGCCAGUGCUGGCUUGAGUUCCUCAGGAGCGUCUGUAGCAAAUAACAGCCGCUGUGCAGGAGAGCCCCACCUCGGAGAUAGAGUCCUGGUGGUAGGCCAGAGAAUCGGCACCGUUAAGUUCUUUGGGACAACAAACUUCGCUCCAGGAUAUUGGUAUGGUAUAGAGCUCGAGAAACCCCAUGGAAAGAAUGAUGGUUCAGUUGGAGGUGUGCAGUAUUUUAGUUGCUCUCCAAGAUAUGGAAUAUUUGCUCCCCCAUCCAGGGUACAAAGGGUAACGGAUUCCCUGGAUACUCUAUCUGAAAUUUCUUCGAAUAAACAGAAUCAUUCUUAUCCUGGUUUUAGGAGAAGUUUCAGUACGACUUCUGCUUCUUCCCAAAAAGAGAUUAACAGAAGAAAUGCUUUUGCCAAAUCCAGACCCGCCCUGCGCCGCAGCUGGAGCAGCAGCACCACGGCCGGGGGCCUGGAAGGGAGCGUGAAGCUGCACGAGGGGUCCCAGGUCCUCCUCACCAGCUCCAAUGAGAUGGGGACCGUGAGGUAUGUGGGCCCCACUGACUUUGCUUCUGGGAUCUGGCUGGGACUUGAGCUUCGAAGCGCCAAAGGGAGAAAUGACGGAGCCGUGGGUGACACGCGCUAUUUCACCUGUAAGCCGAACCACGGGGUCUUAGUCAGGCCGAGCAGAGUAACCUAUCGGGGAAUAAAUGGGUCGAAGCUUGUGGACGAGAACUGUUGAGCUAAACUUCUAACGUAUUCGGCGAGCUCGUAUACAGACAUAAGAUAGAGAGUCCAUGGCCAAUGGUUUGUUUAUUUAGGCAUUAGUUUCGAUUUGAAAAUAGACUUAUCUUCCUAAAAAAACAAUUUAACAAUUCAGAGACUCCUUCAGAAAGCUAGAAAUCUGAACUGGGGGAACCAUGGUUCUCUUAAAACAAGCUCAAAGUAAGCAUUUUUAAGAGCUUUUAAAGCUUUAGAGCCAAGAAGAUUCUGAGACUUAGGGGGAAAAAUGUGCCAUUAGGUAACCAACUGAUGUUGCUUACUAUGUUUCAUUUUUGCACAUAAUACUGGAUUUUUCAUCCGCUGUCAUUGUGAGACUUUUCACAAGCUUUGGUUCACAUAUGACCUUCACAUACCUUUUUCUGUCAAGUAUUUUUGGAGUUUUUCUUUCUGUACUAAGUACAAUAAGAGAAGAGCGGCUCUAUGAUUAGCGUAGUUUAUAUAUAUGUGUGUGUGUGUGUGUGUAUAUAUAUAUAUAUAUAUAUAUAUAUAUAUAUAUUUUUUUUUUUGUGAAAUGAUUUGCCCUUUCAGGAAUGCCUCAUCUAGAGAGAAUAUUAAAACUCUGGAGUCGGGUGGGCCUUCGAGGCUUUUCUGCUGAGCCUCUCAGCCAUUGCCAGAGAGAGAAAUGGAAGUUCUAGAGCAGUUCUUCUCUUACCCGGGGUCUCUAGCUGAUGAACAGAGCUCAGGAUAGAAUGGGGGUCUCCUGACCCAUGGCUUGUGCUCUUCCCUCUGUACAAAGUACGUAAUCACAGAUUUUUCUUCUGUGUUGGCACUUGCCUCGACUGGAUGAGCUACAAAACCCCAUCAUUAGGUUUACGAAUUCAAGUCAUAAUUAGAAUUUUUUGCACAUACUUGUCUAAUUCCUCAUUGGGCAUAUCUAUAAAACACACACUUGAAGCACUUUUAAAACAUAAUGCACUUUCAUCUUUGUGGAGAAUUUGCCAUUAUUUCUUCCUGGGAUAUGAAAAACAUUUAGAAAAAUUGUAUUUAAGAGAAGAGAGUAAAUUAAGAUGUGUUAGGAAGAAUAUAAGUUAUUCAUUUAAAUGUUUAUGAUUUCUUGAUGUUUUUGGUUCUUUUCAUAAAACUGGUGUUUGCUAUCUUUGCUGUUUUAUAUUUUCAGAAUUAUAUUGUUGCAGAAUUCAGCCUGUUACAAAGCUACAGAACUGUAUCAUGUUUUUGUAUUUCUUUUUGAGCACAUGUUAACAAGCUGGGCUUCAAAAUAGAGUGAUAUAAUGUAAAACAUUUGUGUUGUGGAUAUGUUUUGAUGUUUAUGUCCUAUAUGUGUAAAGAUUUAUCUCUUAUUGUAGAUAUUUAGCCUUUAAGCUACACAGAAAUAUUGAAACAGUUUAUAAGAUUAAAAGUAUCUCGCUUUGUGCUUAGAAAUAAUAUGUUGAACUAUUUUGCAGUAUACUAUUUAAAAUCUAAAUUCUGUUGCUUUGCUGCCUUUUUAAAAAGAAGUGUGGUAUUUCAAAUAUUGCCAGAACUAUUUUCCUGAUAUACAUUUGCAAAAUAUGGCUGCUUUAUAAUCAAGGAGUAUUUUUAUUGAUUGAAGAAAAUGCCUGUAUUGCAAUUCAGAAGUAAACUUAUUUUAUUAUACAGCUUAUUUCUUUAAAACUCUAUUUAUACCUUAAUAUGAAAUUCAUGACUCCUCUGAACUUGGGUGUCCAUAAUUCUUCCCGUUAAAUAUGAAAUGCUUCGGAAACAGUGAUGCCAGCUCUAAGGUCAGGGAAACAGUUGUUCUCAUGCUUAGAUUAGGGUCAUUAAAUCCGUAUAAUGUGUGUGUUUACGUAUACUGUACAUACAAGUCAGGUGUUUUCAUUUGUGUUUUGCUUAUUAAAUGUCAUUCACAGUUCAAUUCUUGAGUAUUAAUAAAAAAGGGAAGCUGU